GGCUGCGUUCCAUUGCAGUCCGCCUUCCUUCAGCCUGUAUGAUGCCAACAAAGAGUUGGAAAUCAGUCUUCACUUGAGUAGCAGGUAUGUUUUUUGAUCUAAAACUACGGAAAGGGAACUUGGUUACACACUGUAUUGAUAUAUGAUCUGAAACAACCUCACUAAGAGGAAGAGGAUGUGACCGAGGCGGAGUGCAGUUGAAUCUGGACGCAGCCCUCUCCUAACCGCGUCGCCGCAGCAGGGAAGCGGAGGAAAGGAGUGAAUUCGAUUAUUGUUCUCUCCGCAAGAAAGGGAACAUCAACUCCUCACCUAUCCAUCAUCAACGGUUCACGGAAACCGUUUGGUGAACAAGUAGCCGCUGCAGGCGUCCGCGGACACCCGGGUUGCCGCUUCACUCACCCGGGUUAACUGCUUCACCCAACCCAUGAAGCUGUGACUAAACGAGGAGACCAACGAGGAACCCGAUCAGAUCGGGUCGAUAUGCAGUAGCCCAGCCCCGGACGGCCCUAGCUGUGACCCCCGGUGAGAGCCACCAUGGGACACCCGCCCCUGGAGUUCAGUGAGUGCUACCUGGACAGCCCGGAGUUCAGGGAGACCCUAAAGUGCUACGAGCUGGAGCUGGAUAGGACCAGCCGGUUCCUCAAGGAUGUCAUCAAGGAUGGGAACAGUGUCAUCAACGCCAUCAAGGGUUACUCUCUGGCAGUACAGAAGUUCUCGCAGACUCUCGGCGUCUUCCAGUUUGACUUCAUCGGAGAUUCGCUCACAGACGACGAGAUGAACAUCGCUCAGUCCUUCCAGGAGUUCGCUGGUCUUCUACAGGAGAUCGAAGACGACCGCAUGAUGCUGGUGCAGAACGCCUUCGAUCUGCUCAUCAAGCCUCUGGAGAAGUUCAGGAAAGACCAGAUAGGAGUGACCAAGGACAAGAGGAAGAAGUUUGAGAAGGAGAGCGAGAAGUAUUAUUCCCAGCUGGAGAAACACCUCGCCCUGUCCGUCAAGAAGAAGGAGAGUCUUCUGCAGGAGGCGGACGACGUCCUGGACAAGGAACGGGCCACCUUCUACGAGUCCUCCGUGGAGUACGUCUACCAGGUCCACCAGGUGCAGGACCGCAAGAAGUUUGAUGUGGUGGAGCCUGUGCUGGCGUUCCUUCACAGCAUCCUCACGCUCAACAACCUGACAGUGGAGAUGACCCAGGACUUCACCCCCUACAAGCAGGAGCUGCAGCUCAGCCUGCAGAACACCAGGAACCACUAUGAAAGCACGAGGGAGGUCAUGGAGGACUUGAUGAAGAAGAUGAAGAACCCGUCCUUCAUCUGUCAAUCACACACCAUGCAGGGAUACCUCUACUGCCACGAGAAAUGGGCUUUGGGGAUGACGUGGGUCAAGUAUUACUGUAAAUUCCACAAAGACAACCGCACCCUGAAGAUGGUCCCCUGCGAGCAGAAGACCACCACCAAGCAGGGUGCUGCGGAGCUCACCCUCAGGUCGUGCAUCCGGAGGAAGUCUGAGUCCAUCGACAAACGCUUCUGCUUCGACGUGGAGACCAGUGAGAGAAACGCUCCGGUGACAUUCCAGGCGCUGUCGGAGGGGAACAGGAAGCAGUGGAUGGAGGCGAUGGACGGGAAGGAGCCGAUAUAUCAUUCCCCGAUUCACAAUAAAGCAGAAAUGGAACUGAAUGAAGUUGGAUUUAAGUUUGUGCGCAAGUGCGUCAACCUCGUCGAAACAAAGGGGCUCACACAGGAGGGUGUAUACAGAACCGUUGGCAGCAACAUCCAAGUUCAGAAGCUGCUGAACGCUUUCUUCGACCCUGUGUGUCCUGGUGAUGUAGACUUCAACAGCGACGACAUGGACAUCAAAACCAUCACCAGUGCUUUGAAGUUCUACCUCAGUAUUCUCUCGGAGCCCCUACUGACCCACGGCCUGCACGACAACCUCAUCCUGGCCGCCAAGUCGGACAACCUGGACCACAGGCUGAGCGAGAUCCACGCGCUGAACUACAAGCUCCCCGAGAAGAACCGCGACAUGCUGGCCCUCCUCAUCAAACACCUCGUCAACGUGUGCAGCCAGAGCGAGGAGAACCGCAUGAUCCCGUCCAACAUGGCGGUGGUCUUCGGGCCGACCCUGAUGAGGGCCAAGGAGGAGACGGUGGCGGCCAUGUUGGACAUCAAGUUCCAGAACAUCGUGGUGGAGAUCCUGAUCGACAACUACCAGAAGAUCUUCUGCAGCGCUCCUCUGGACAGCGCCUCCUGCCCCCCCGUGCCCCCCCCCAGGGUCAACCCCAGGAAACGCCAGCCAAUCACCAUCUCCAAGAGACCGCCGCGCACCUACCCGGGUCUGCACCUCGACCCCCCCUCGCACGCCCCACCCGACGUGCAGAACGGUAGCCCCGCCCCCAGGUACCCCCCGCCCGUCGCCUCGGACCGGGACGCGGGCCCGCCCCCGGUCCCCCUGCAGCGGACCAAACCCCAGGCCCCGGGGGCCCCCAGGGACCCGCCCCCCCGGGACCCGCCCCCCCGGGACCCGCCCUCCAGGGACCCGCCCCCUAGAGAGCCCCCCCCCAGGCAGCCCCUCCUGCCCCGACUGGGACCCGUGCCCCGCCCCGGCGAGAACGGAGAGGCGGGCGUCACCGUGAAGCGCGCCAUGUCGGUGCAGGCCAGGAGGCCGCCUCCCAUUGGAGAUGGCGACGGCGCGCCCAAGACGCGGUCCCCGGAGAAGCAUCACGCCAUCUGCAGACCGCCAGUCCGGCCUCCGGACCCCCCCUCCGCCAGAACGGCGGAGCCGCCGUCGGCCAGACCCCCGGACCCCCCGCCCAGCCGGCCCACGGAGCCCCCCCCCUCGCGGCCCCCCAUCGCCCAGAGGCACUCCGCGCCCACCGCCGACCCCACCGCCGCGUCCUAG